UGUUGUUUUUAUUUUUUUGAAAGGCGGAACUAUUCUGAUGAGCUUCGCGGGGAAGGAUUUUCACAUCGGACCCGGUUGCUGCUUACAUUUUUGUGAAUAGGAGCUACACUGCAGGUGGAGGGAUGAGUCUCUCCCCUGUGAUUGGCACAGAGGUGCCAGAAACCGCGAACGGGCUUGUGACACCCAUCCCUUCAGAAAACGGCCCUCAUGCUCCGGUCUCUGUGAAGUGUGGGAGUAGCAGAGUGCACUGUCCUGGGGAGGCAUCCGAGGAGGACAGCGCCCUCGGACACACAGAGAACCACGUGGAUGUGGAAAACAGUGUUUACGAUGGUGAAGGCCGCUUGGAGACAGAGAUGUACAGUAACGAGAGAACGUCUAGUUUAUCAUCACACACCUCUCAUGUGACAGACCCCUCCCUCCCUGCUGCCACAUGCACAGGAGACUCAGAAUCAGCCUCCAAAGACACAGACAUUCCUGAGGCCUCUAAAGCUGCUGAGUCUCCUGGCGCAGCUCUGCCGUGGGACUCGGCACACUCUAAAGACUCAUCUCAGCGAGGAGGCCCUGCCACCAUGUACAGACAGCAGACAGAGGCGGAGACUCUAGAUGGAGGUGCUGACAGCCAAGAGGAGGAGGAGGAGGAGGAGGAAGACGGAGGGAAGGAGAAACAGGAUGAGGAGGAUGAUGAGAAGAACGAAAAAAAGUGGAUUCAUCAGCGCACAGGGGGGAGAACGGAUGCGGAGCCGGCACGACACUACUCAUCCUCAGCCCCUGGUCCCAGCACCUCGUCAGCUUCCUCCCCUCCACCCCCUCUCCUGCCCUCAGAUGACAUCCCCUGCCCUCCGCACGUCAUGGCGCAGGUGUGGGUACGCAAUGUUCGGGGCAUGCAGGACAGCAAGAGCCUGGAUGAGAUCAGCCAAGCGUGUGGAGAUGUGGGUGUAUUUUCCACAGGUGGUUUGGGAGCCCGGGGAGGGGGCAGAGGUGGCCAGUCAGAGGGCAGACGGGCCACAAUCUCCUCGGCUCUGGAGCUCGAAGGGACGGUCAGCCAUGAAGGAGACCUAACUAACUUCAUCACCAAGAACCUGGAGCAGAAAAUCAAGAUGAGUUCCAAGCCCAGUCUGGACUGCAGCGACUCGGACUGUUCAGGUCCCAUCUACCGAAGCCGGGGAUUGUCACGGAGACCAGCGGAUAUCCCCCCCAUCGAUCCAGCUGUCCUACUGGAUCUUCAGAGACACACCCAGGAAGUGGCGCACAGUGUGGAGAUGAUGAUGAGGAGCCUCAAUGGAACCAUCCAGAACAUGACAGCUCUGAGUGUCGGAUACAUCCAGACCUACAGGGACUCCGUUGACAGUCUGGGAGAGUCUGUGGACAUGAGUAUAAAGGGCAUGUACACUCUGAUGGCUCGCUGCGAGGAGUUGGAUCGUUCCAUGCAGCCCAUACACACCCUCGCUGCACAGAUCCGUGACAUCAAACGCACCCUGGACGCUCUGGAGGCUAUCUGCAAAUAACCCCCACCUGACCGGUACGAAUAUACGCCUGAGCUGCAAAGACCCGACAUCAAGCACAUGACUGAACGAGGCUGUCUGCGAGUAAACCCACCUUUCUGCAGGUAGCACAACACACACUGCAGCAAAUAUUAAGUGCUCCUCUGGAUUCCUGGAACCAUUGUUACUAGGCAUGCUGGAUGAUUGGCGCUCAUAGUCCCUCCGCUUGUUCAUUUGAAGAUGUUCGUGUUUGUGAGAUCGAAUCGGGCUUGAUUUGCUCUCGGAGCUGAGCUUUCUCUUCCUUUUGUUUCUUUUUUUAAAGCAACCUCACUUCCUCUAAUGAACUUGAAACUAAAUCUCACAAACUAACCUGUUUCGGAGACACUUCAGUGCCCUAGCACACACACAAACAGAUCCUUGAAGAUGUUUGGGUAGAUGCCCUCUCUCCACGAUCCAGUCUAAGGAGGAAUAGUGUGUUAUUAUCCGUCCAGCCCGCUUGGUUCAGAUUGCACUAACCUUUCCUUCCCACACGGGAGCGAUGUUUCUCUCUCUGUCUCUCUCCUCGCUCGUGGAGAGGUCAGUAUGAACUGCUCAGAAGACAGUGACUUUUGCACAGGAACAGAAAGUCUAUUUUUUAAUCUUAUGCAACAAAGAUCAGAUUCUUUCACUGCAGGCUAAAUGAGGGGAGGGGAUGCGUCAUGUCUGUGUGUAUUUUUUUCUGUUAAUUUAUUCAGCAUGCUUGCUUUUUUCAAACUACACUGUUACUCUGUGUCACUGGGAACUGACCAGUCCAGCCAGAUGUUUUUUUUUCCACUGAACUGCCCUACCGGCGCAUCUGGAGUUCAAGCUUGAGGGUUGCAGAUAAUGAAAGUGUUUUAAAUCACACGUCUUGCUUCUUUUAUUUAAAGCUAACCCUAGCCAUGUGUCAUGAGGUCUAAAAUCUCACUUUCCUCGUCUGUGUCAAUGCAGUCCAAAGAUGUUCUGAAGAACUUAACUGGAAAAAUGUUAUUUAAUGUCAUCAAAAGUGAAAAACAGUUCAUGCAAGGUGGAUGAAAAUGAAUCCAUGAAGCUAUUGAAAAAAAACAUGUAAGUAGCUGAUAAACAGUCAAUAAUUGUAUCGUGUUGUUUCAAUUUGGUUCAGCCAAGAAAGUUUGUACUAGAAGUUCAAUUUUAAAUGCAUUCAAUUCUUUAGAACAAGUUCCUGUUUGAAUCUUGAGCGGAAAAUGAAUCCUGUAAAUUAAUUUCGGAUCAGUUAAGUUGCUCUGCAGCAAAGUGAAAAGAUCAGACACUUUGUCUCAACAAAGGAGAAUUAAAUCUGGGAAACGUCGCUGGAUGGAGUCUGGACACGGCUUUUGGAUGUGAACUAACGUGGACUAUCACUUUUAAUUGCUUACAAAGUGAGUAUUUGUUUAUUUAUUCAUUGAUAAAAGCCACAGAGCGUCUGCAGCGUCGCUUGGCUCUUUACCAACCUAAAGCCAUUUGCUCUCAUGGAGCAUUAUACAGGAUUUAAUGAAGAGACUGGUACUUCUGUCAUUGCACUGGUGGGGUAGCCUUGUAGUAGAUCAGCGUACAUGUACUAGAUUUUCAUACUAUUACUCGUACGUGUACCUAUUACUGAUGGCAGGCAAUAUGUAAUUUGGCUUGAGUAGUGUUGGUGUUGUGAUGGCUUUCUUAAACUAAACUACUGGAGUGGAUUUCAUCUAUAAAACGUUAUCAGAGCAAUACUGUAAGCAAAGUAAGUGCACGUUUUAAUCUCAGCUCUGCAUUGUCUGACCUGUGUCUACACGCUGCUCUGCUCCUGUUAAUGUGUUUUCACCACUAUGGGAGAAGAUCCAUUAUCGGCUUCACAAAAAUCUGCAUUCAGUGUCAAGUCUUGCUCUUUGUCUCAUUGCUACUCUCCUCGACCUCGUUAGCAAAAAGUUUUGGGGGAAAAGUUCAACGAUGAUUAGAGAGCAUCACUAAAAAUUUAUGUUAGAGAUUAAUAUGAUCCUGGUUCCCCUUGACGAUACUGAAAUGAACUCAAAUGUGUCCAUGGAAAGAUGUAAAUGUUCUUUUGCAGAUGAAGGUAAAAAUGAGUGGACAGGAAGGAUCAUGGGAGAUAUAAAAGGAAAUGUAAUUUUCCUGUUCAUGAUAUAAAUAAAUGUAUGAUUAAUUCAUUUUCUGUUGUACAAUCAGAUGCACCUGUGUACAUAUUAUCUCUUUCUGUAACUAAAAAAAUGAUUUAGAUACCCUUUGUCUUGAGUGUAUAUUUUAAUGAAAAAUAACAAAUAAAUUUACAUCAGCUGCAAAAA